GGGUGUGGACGUUUACAGCCAUCUAGAGAGCUGCACAGGGAGUGAAGAUGCCUCUGACCCUGUCUCUUGUGAGUCUGUCUGUGUGCCUGAGAGGGGAUUAUCUGUGAAGCCACCUGAGGGGCCAGAGAUAACUCAGGGAGUAAGGGAAUUGCAGGAGGAAUUGGUUGGGGCUCAGCAGGGCAAUGCUACUGCAGAGCCAGGGAAGGGUGAACUGCUGCUUAAGGAAGCUCAUAGGGAGGAGAGUCCUGGCAGUGCUUGUAGCAAGCAGUUUGCUGUGACUGAGGGAGGUGACGAUGCCUGGCUUGGAGAAGGCAUUCAGGAGAAAGCUCUGCCUGUAAAAGGCAGCAGCUUGGUGUGUGAGGCACUUGUUUCGGUGCCUGACAGACAGAAUUUGUCUGUUAACAGUGACUCCACUGACUUGGGUUUAGAGAAACCCAGUGUGGAUGAGUGUAAAGAGGUCUCAGAGGAACGGAGGGUUGUUCCAGAUGAGGCAGGGUAACUGUGGGUGACCAGCUUGCUGGAAAGUCAGUGUGUGUGGGACAGGAUUGUUCCCAGGUGAAGGAGGAGAGUGGGAAGUUAGUGUCUCAGAUUCAGGAGAAGGGCUGGGUAGCUAAGUAUGCAGAGCAGAACAGCUGUGUGGUCACUCUCCCUAGGAUGCAGGAGAUGGCAGUUACGCUCCCAUCUCUGGACACGGUGGACACUCAUAAUCAGGGAAGUUGAUAUCUGGUUCCAUGUGGAAACAGAGGUUAGAGAGGGACAGAGGAGAGACUUGGGAGUCUACAGCUUACUGCUGUUACCCCACUGAGUGGGGGAAGGGGGAGAAUUCCAGGGCCAUUGUGAGCCAGGGAGUCACGCCCAGCCAGCCCAUUGUCUUGGUCAGGCCAGAGGUUUCAGGCCUGGAGCCCAGAGGACAAGGGGGAGGGGCAGGACUUGCUUUGGCCAAGAAGAUUUGCAGUUUAAACCUGAAGGGCCAAAACUGCAAUGGUGUGGGGCCAGAGAAGGGGCCUGACGGAGAAUGUCAGUAUACACCUGAGAUAGGAUUGUUCUUGUUACUGAUGUUAAUUCUUGUAACCACUGUAGUAUUGUUGCAGAGACUUGUAAAGGUUUACAAUGGGCGUGAGCUUAUGGAAACACCUUGUAACUUGUCAGGGAACGUGCCCAGUGACAGACUGGACGUAAAAGGACAUUGUGAUUUUGAUAUUUCAUGGUUAAUGCUUGUAACUGAUCUUGGAACUUCAUACAGGACAAGGAAGGUUCCAGCCAGACGGUGCUGCAUGAUAAGGGAAACUGAGGCACGCCACCAUUUUGUUUUCAUGGAUAAGUGCAAAAAUGCCUACACUAUUUGGGAUGAGAAUACCUGCAUUCACACAGUGUUAAUUGUUGUUCAGAGAGUUGCCAGAGCUGGCCUGGAUAAAUUCACUAUUUCCUUCAGCUCUGGGCAAAAUCACCUGACACACAUGGGGAUCUUGCUACAAAGGCAGAUCCAAUUAGUUCUGGGUUUUACCAAGUUUUACCUGGGGAUUCUAAGACAAUGCAAGGAUGUGGUUGUCGCUAUAACAGACCUUGCAGUAACGAAGCCUAUUUUAGGCAAACUGGGCUCUCGUACACUCACCCAGCUCUGUACUGUUGUUUCUAACAUUGGGUAGAACAUGUGAUGACAAAGAGCCAAAGCAUGGGGAGGCCUGUGAUGCCCUCAGUGAUGUUACCAGCAUCACCUCCUGCAUCAAUUUUGCAUUGGGGGUGUCACGUUACUGGAUUUUGAGGGGAGCAGCCAGAUCACUGCUGCACCCAUAGGCGGGGUGUCGGCCCCAAACAUGGUAUAAAAGGGGCCAUGUGGGGUGUUGAAUAGACUCUUACUGUCUGCUGAUC